AGAUGAGGUAUCAGUCGACGAUUGUUUAGCUUCGACAUAUAACGCUAUAUAACUUCCUCCAAGAAAAUCAUUGCAAACUCAAGAUAAGCUUACUGAAGAACAACAUCGAAAUGGAAAAUCAAAUCCCAGAUAGACUACCAAAAACCGUGAACGUAUUGACCUUUCCAAACGACAAUGAAGACACAAAUAAAUUAGCAGCAAGCUGGGAUGUCUGUUCUGAAAAUUCAUUCGAUAACAUCAUUCCAGAAUGUACCCUUUUAAACCUAAGUUGCAAUUCUGAAACCGACGAAACACACCAUCAGAUUCACUCUGGAUUAGAAACAGCCUUGACAAGUAUUUUGUUGGCGAUUUGUUCAAGAAAUCUUCUGAUUUGGAUUCAGAAACAAGACCAAGACUUUAUACACCUGAUUUUAGUACAUGUAGCAAAGGUAUGGAUGCCGUAAAAUCCGCAUACAGUGUCGAUUUACCAACACUGCCGGGAGAAAAACAAAACCAAAGCGAUGGUUUGGAAGUGGUAGAUUCUACGAAAUCCAUCACACAUAUCACGAAUACACCGUCACAGUCGUCGAAACCUAACGCGAUGAAGUUGGAUUCGGCAAGAUCUAAAAGGUCGAGGUUGAUUUUGAAAGGCUGCUUCCGAGAAAACAGUUUUAAUACAUUAGACCCUAUGAAUCCGACAAUCACAGAAGAAAACAUUCAGGAUAGUGACACUGAAUCUGAAGAACAGGAUCAUAUUUGGCACACGCCUAAACCUGGACAACAAGACAUGUAUUUAGAAAAGCUCAGAGAACUAGAGCAAGAAGUGAACCAACUACAACAGCUUCAGAAGGACAUAAACAUUCAUCCUUCUGAGUUGUCCUCUCAAAGAUCUGUGAGCGAUAGCGAUAUCUAUAAUUCCAUUGAGUUGGAAAACAAAAUUGAAGGUCCAGAUAUCAAUGAUAAACUAAAUGUAAUCAAAAGUGAUAUUCAUGACAUGAAAAAAUCAUCGAGCACAGACAAUAUCAACAGGAGAACACAUACAGACAGAUCUAGUACAAUAAAAUAUGACCAAUCUGAUAUUAAAGCAUCAUCAAGCUUUGAAAAUAUCAAAACCAAGGCCACACAGUUGUGGGGUAAAAUAACUAAAUGCGAUGAAAGCAGCUCUGACGAAACAUCUCAAAAGCUUUCAAUCAAAGUAGACGCCCGGGUGGAACUGUCAUGUCCAUGUGAAAGAUCGUGUGGACGUGUUAAAAGGUUGGUGACAGCGCAAGGAGGGUACAUGUGGGUGGCCUUCAUUCAGUGUUCCUGGGUUUCCUUGUACAACAAUAGACACGAGAGAGUGUACAAGUUUGAUACACGUGGUUGUGUGGAUAGUUUGGCAGUGACUGCGACCGGAGUCAUCUAUGUCUCGUGUCCUCUACAGAAGAGGAUCAUCAUGCUGACAUCAAAUCGUCAGUUGACAGUUCUGCACUCUUUCACCAAAUUGUAUCCACGCGGAGUUGCUGUAUCACCGGACGACGGCACCCUGGUAGUCUGUAUGGCGUCUAAGGCUGAGGGGUAUUCUAUGCCAGGUCCUUCAAAGAACAGUUGUCUGAUGCGAUUUAAAGGCGAAAUCCCCAACAAAGCCGGAAAAAUUGUGAACAAAAAAAAUCACUUUGGAUACCCAGUAAAGGUAACCAUUAACAUGAAUGGAUUUAUAUUAGUGUCAGAUUUCGGUUUGAGAUGUCUGUUUGUUUUGGAUAAAGGGGGAAAUAUGUUGCAGACGUUUCCUUUACUAGGAGGAGGAUCACUGUGGCAUGUACAUGCUCUUACAAGUAACCCCGUUAGAUCGUUCUACGUUGUUCAAGGAGGAGCUGGGACACUGUCAAUCACACGACUAGGAGAGUACCUAGGAACCUUCGAGGACACAUCGACAUCAACUAAGGAUGAACGUUUAGUAAAACGUACAGUUGAAACGGCUUCAAUGAAUACGGAGGGGCAGAUAGUUCUGGCAUCUGGAAAUAUCAUCACACUCGUUUCUCUCGUGUAUUAGUAAUAAGGUGUGGACAGUGUGAUAUUUUUUUACAGGAAAACAGUGACAAAGGUUGUUCGCUCAAUUAGUGUAAAUAUAAGGGCAGAUGUUAGAUCAGAUUAAGCAGGCUCACAUGCUCCUCAUCCUGGAUGGUACUGUAUAGGCGACGAACAAUAUUGGAUGCAAGUCUACACUUAUGUGAUUGUGUUGACAACAUAAAUAGAAUCCUGUUAAAGGUUAGAACAGCUUUUGGCAGGAAAAAAAGUAGCAGGGGCAGGUGGGGGACCAAAUAGACAGGCAAAAGCGAAGCCCUGUGGUAUAUUCAUAUACUGUGAUGCUUAUUUUGUUUUACGGAAUAGUGUAUUCAUACUUGUUACUUUAUACACUAAUCUAUAAUAUUGUAUAUUUACAUCUCUCCCUUGUUCAGCUUAGUAAACUCUAACUGCGUUUAUUUUUUUUCGUAAACGCAGAGAAAAAAAGGCUUGGCGGAUUGAUAUAUGUUUCAAAUAUGACGCCGUACACGCUUCAGAGAGAUAACAGUCCAAUGACACCAUCUAGAUACAGAGAACAUAUUCGGAAUCCAUUAUGUGUCAAUAUUUACAUUUGGUGUGUCAAAGCCCUUCUAUGUUACUACUAAAGUACUGCCAAUAGCAGCU